AAUUUGUAACAUGCGAUUUAAAUUAAUCAAGCUUUAAUACAGACAUCGAAUAUGAAAGGAAAAUAAAAAUAAAAUAAAAGAGUUACAUGUUGUCCAUUAUAUUAGUGUAAAGACCAUUUUUAUGAUUAGAGUCAAAGCAAUAAGCCAACUAAAGAUAUUCUCUCUAGCUCAUAUUCCUAAAUAAAACAUUCUUCUCUCUCCACUAAAGUCUUCAUCUCCCAUUAAUCCACAACAUUAAUCAGAUCAAUAAUUUUUUUUAUCUUCCAAUAUCUAGAAUUUCUUUUUUGUUGUUGUUGGUGUUGGAAGUGAUGUCUUUUACAGGGACACAACAGAAAUGCAAGGCAUGUGAAAAGACAGUUUACCCAGUUGAACUUUUGUCAGCUGAUGGGAUUAGUUAUCACAAAUCUUGUUUCAAAUGUACCCAUUGUAAAGGGACUCUUAAGCUGAGCAAUUACUCGUCAAUGGAAGGUGUUCUGUAUUGCAAGCCUCAUUUUGAGCAGCUCUACAAGGAGUCUGGCAACUUCAACAAGAACUUUCAAUCCCCUGUGAAGUCAGCUGAGAAGUUAACUCCGGAGCUGACAAGAUCUCCUAGCAAGGCUGCCGGCAUGUUUUCUGGGACGCAGGAAAAAUGUGCAACCUGUGGUAAAACAGCUUAUCCACUUGAGAAGGUAACAGUGGAGAACCAAAGUUACCACAAGUCGUGCUUCAAGUGUUCUCAUGGUGGAUGCUCGUUAAAUCCAUCAAAUUAUGCUGCCCUCGAUGGGAUUUUAUACUGCAAACCUCAUUUUUCACAGCUUUUCAAGGAGAAAGGCAGCUACAAUCAUUUAAUCAAGUCUGCUUCAAUGAAGCGUCCAGCAGCAACAGUUCCAGAUUCUUAAACUAUUAUCUCUGGCAGCUAUUUUAUCCCGAGGGCUUGGUCUUUUUAUAUUUGUUUGUCUUCUUUUUGUUGUAUCUCCAGUUGGUGUGCCAUUUUGGUUUACUGUGUGAUCUGAGUUCCACAAUUGUGAAAACUUAUCCUGUCGCUGUUUAACUUUUGGAUGUUAAAUGUUCCUGCUGUUUUCUCAUGACCUUUGGCACGAAAGCUGCGUAGUUCAUACAAGUGUUGUUAUAUGAUAAUCCUUUCAUGCUGUUCUUGA